GAAAAUAUUCUGGUACAUAUAUAUUAUUUUUUCUCUUCAUCUUCUGCCGAUUUCUUUGUCUUCUUUUUUUGUAUUUCUCUGAGAAUUCUAAGUUAAUAGUUUCUCUAGCAACAAUCUAAAGAUUCUGUGAUGGCUGAAGAGAAUAAAAUUUCGAAGAUCAAAGAGAUUGAGAACAGUUUUGAUACAAAUCCUCAGGAGACGACGAUGUCUGAAGAAGGUUUUGUAAGAGCGGUGAUUGUAAAGGAUGUGGGAAACGUGGAAGAUGUUAUAUCUUCAGCAUUGAAGGAUCAAGAAAAGCGUGUAGCAAAGACUAACGAAGUGCUAAUUAAGCCACCAAGUGGGAGCUUGAGACGGUAUUCAACUGGAGCGAUAGGUAAACUGGAGGUUCAGUCCCGUUAUCGAGGGAACCAUCAUGUGCCCUCAACUCAUGAUCUCUGUAAACACGGGAAGGUCCAUGAUCAUCAUCGUGAUGAUGCGGUGAAACCAUGGACGGUGGUGAGGAAAACAAGCGUUGAAGGCUCAGUGGCUGUAAAAGCUGAUGCUACUUCAGGUUUGAGAAGGAGGUCGUUGGGAAGUCUCAUGAGUAGACAGAUUCCUGCAGGUACCAAAGUGGAGAGUUUGGUGGAUGCAAAGAGAGAUGCAUUGGCUGUGAAGAAAAAACCAUGUGCUUCUGUGAACUCAGAAACAUCUAGCGUUAGCAAGAUGGCUAGAUCUGUUGAUGGUUCAAGCUUUAGAAGCAAUGAUAAACCUCGGAAGAACAAAGGAACCGAGACUACUCUGAGUGGUGGUUCAGCUGUUGUUAAAAAGGUUGUUGGCUUGGGAAGUGAGAAGUCAAGUUCUAAUGUUUAUACUCCAAAGAGUCUGAAGAAUAAAGAGAAGGCAAAGGCUCAGACAAUAAGUGGUGAAGGUUUAAAAGAGAAAACUGUGUGUGUCGUUGAAGAUAGCGUCGUCAAAGAUGUUCAGAGUGAGAAGAAGCUCAAGGCAUCAUCAUCUGAGAAGAAAACCAUGAGAAGUAGACUAAAAAGCUUGACUACUCCUACUAAACAAGUUCCUGGUACGGUGUUGACGACUAAGAAGAAAGAAAGUGGUGAUGCAGAACUUGUAGCAAAGAAGAUUAGACCUAAGAAGACGGGUGUAAAGGUCACUCUAGCAAAGCAGCUGAGUUCCAAGAAAGGGAAGACGACUCUCGAACCAAAACUUGAGGAACAGCUGGAAACCCAAACCGAAGUCGGGAAGAAGAAGAAGAAGAAGAACCUGAAAGGUGUUGAUGAGACUAGAAGCGUUUCUUGUGAAGCAAGUAAACGUGAGAAGGUUGUUCUGAGGCGUAGAAAUGGACAAGGGAUGAAGAAAAAGAUGACACUGUUCAACGGUGUGAUUGAGGAGACAAUGAAUAAGUUGAUGAAGGUGAGGAAGACCAAAGUGAAAGCUCUUAUUGGUGCUUUUGAAACUGUAAUCUCUCUUCAGGACACUAAGACACCUCAAAGCAAGGCCUCAACAUCAGAGUCUCAGGUUAGUACUCCUUUGCGUUAA